AUGAAUAAAUACCAUAUCUGUAAAUUGAAAAGUAGGACGCUCAUUCAAAUUUGUGGAACAGAUUCUUUUAAAUUUCUGCAAAGUUUGACAACAAACGAUUUAAACAAAAUAAUAACAGAAAAAAAAUUUAUUUUAUAUAAGAAUGUUCCCAAGAAUGUAUUAUCCAAUCCUCUUGAUGCGAAUACGUAUCAAAUUUAUAACCCUAGUUUAGAACAUAAAAAAUUGACGAAAGGGCUUCCUUCCCUAUUUUUGCAAAACAAUGGAAAAAUACUGUUUGAUUGUUUCAUAUAUAAUAUAAGGUAUAUGCAUGAACAAAGCAUAUUUAGCCUCUUUUAUAUAGACUGUAAUGUGAAUAUUUUGAAAAUUCUACUAAACAUACUACAAAAGAGGAAACUCUCAUGUGACGUUCAUGUUAGGGAAAUUCCAAACAUAGCUGUUCACCAGUUGGUGUCUGGUGUAUCAGUCCUAGGUGGAAGGAUCAUCACAAAGGAUUCAACAAUUAUAUCUGAUGAUAGUGCCAUCCAAUCACUAUCAAAUAACGAUAUCGAAAGGCUGUCCAAUAACCUAGACAUAUUAUUCCUUUCCAAAGAUGGUAGAAAUGAUAUACUGGGAUAUAGAAUAUAUGAAAUAAGGGGGAAGGAACAGAAGGAGGAAAAUGAAAAUAUUAACAAAAAUACAGGCAUCCUUAAAAAAUGUGUAAGUGUCACUGCGAGCAAUAUAACCAACGAAAGCAACAGUGAAAUUAAUAGUAAGUUUAAAAAUGAUACCUAUCAUAUUCUUCUUAACUUUGAAAAAGAAGAAAAGGUAAAACUUGCGGAUACGUUUGUGUAUGAUUAUAUAAAACUAAACUUAGGGGUUGUGGAAAAUUUAUAUUCCUAUUGUCCCCCCUUUAUAGAUAAUAUACAGAAAAAUACAAAUGACGUAAAUACCCCAAGUGUUAUUAGCACAAAUGAGUAUUUGUAUAUUGACGUUAAACAAAAUAAGGAGCCUAGAAAGGGGGAUAGGGAUAUAUUCAAAUUCAAAGAUUUGUCUCCCUUUGAUCUGAACUAUGAUAAACUAAAUUAUCUAACCAAAGACAAAGGUUGCUACGUAGGACAAGAAGCUAUAAACAGAAUAAGGAACGAAAUAUUUAUAAAUAAAUAUCAAUUAACAUUGUGCGUCAACUACGAUUAUUAUGAAAUGCUUCUGGGGAACUGGGACAAUUUAAGCAAAUCCCUAUUGGUUGAUUCGAUUUAUCACAAAUAUGUAAAACUAAUUAACGAUAAGAAUUUAUUCAAAUUGACAUUUUUUUUACUGAAAAAUGCAUUGAAAAGUCUCGAAGACGCCAUUAAUUAUGAACAAUUAUUUAAUGUAAUUAUUCAAAAAAAUUGCACAACUAAUAAGGUCCCUACUGAUAACGAUACAAUUGGGAAUGUUUUUUUUUAUAACCACGUGAUUGGUCUAUGUUUUCUAAUCAGAAAGAGGAUAGCACAUUUGAGUGAUAACAUAUAUUCUGCUACUUCAAAUAUUUAUAUUAAGAACAAAGUUGAUAUGGAGCAGCAUCGAAUUUGUCUUUUACCAUUUAAGUUUAAUAGUAACACAUUUUAA